AGUGAAGGUAUUAGAAAGAACUUACAGGAUUGGUUUGUGUUGGAUGGCUUGGAUAAUAGUUCAAAGAAGUGAAGUUUUGCUCUGGAUUGGAGGCCGAAAGGAAACAGGGGUGAUCCUAUGAUUGGGCAUCAAUAAACCUUAUCUAUAAGGUGGGGGGAAUGAAGCAAAGCCAAAGCUGUGAUUAGCAAAGAACCUGCAGUCACUCAUUUUAGCUAAAUAAUAAGGGUCUGUUUGGUCAUUUUUUUUGUGGUUUGGACAAUGUUCAUACUUUUUUCUGUGUGCAGUGAUCUUGUUUUUGUGUUGAUCUAUCAUGGUCACAGAAUGGCCUUGUCUGUGCUGAUGUUUUGUGAAAUUGUUUAUUUGGACAGAACGUUAAGGCUUAGCUAAUAGUACCAGGCCAGCUCCCAGAUGCCAGGAGCUGAUUUUUCUUUUUCUCAUGGUUCUCACACUCAUUCCUAACUUUUACCAGUCUGUUUCUUCUCCUAGGAUGCUCUUCUCUGCCCCCCUCCCAUCCCCAAACUCCACAAAAUCCCAUUUUCCUUAUGAGCUUUUCCUAAAUAUUCUUUCUCCAUUAGAUUAUAUUUUCUGAAUGCAUCUAAAAGUGUUUGUUGGCUUACAAUAUAGUACUCAGUUGUGUUCUAUCUUGAAUUGUUUGACUUGUUUCACAUGUAUUUUUCCUCUUAGUAGAUUGUAAACGUUUUAGCGGAAGGGUCAUUAAGGAUCCCCCAGAAAUGAGCACCCUGCAGAGGUGAAACUAAUGGCUGGUCUUAGUAAGUGGGCUGGGGACAACUUGCUUCUGUAACGGAGCUACAGGUCUGCAGAGGAGAAGCCACCAGCGUGCCCUUUCCCCUGGUGGUUGCCAUUUCUAACACCUUGUGCUGAUUGGAAGAAAGCUUUUUCCAGCUUUUCUUUUGGAGUAUUCAUUCCUUUCAAGAGAUAUUUUUGCAACUCUAUUCUGUCCCUACCUGUCUGAAAGCUCCUGGAGUGUAGGAUCUACCACUAAUGCAUGUUUGCCUCCUCUCACCCUCCCAAAGCAUCUGGCACCAGACUUGGCGGGUGGAAGGAAAGGACCAGCAGUCCGACUAACCCCAGCUUCUGCCUGGCUCGUCGCGGAAAGUGGGGUGCAUCCAAACUAUCUCCCUGUCGGGCCGGGCGGGACACCUAUGAGACUCCCUGCCUUGGCCUUUGGCUGAAAUCGUGUGCACAAGGCCUCAGCCCAGUUAGCUGCACGCUGUAUAGGCCCAUCGUCGCUGUCCCACGCUGCUCUUUGGGCAGACACUCAACAGGUUUGGAGAAACUUUAAUUAAAAGCUUUGAGUUUUAACCACUUUCUACAGAGAAGCUGAGAUUCGACGGAGCUGGAGACAUUUAAGUAAUUGCCACAGACCGCAAGGCCGGCGGAAGGAAUCGGCUCGGUUUUCACAGCGGGGAAGCGGACAGCAUUGUAUAAAGCCGCCCCACACCAACUGUACGGAUCAGCCAAUCACAAAGCCCGAGAGGGUGUGGUCACCAAUUAGAAAGUAGAGAAGGCGGAGCCGAAGGCUUGAUUGGCAUCGGUCUUGGGUGAGGGGGCCCAUAGGCCUGGCAUAGACCCCCCUGAAGAGGCUUCAAUUCGGGAGGCCUUGCUCUGGCGGCCAUUUUUAUUUCUGGCAGGUCAGCUGACUUGGACUAGCUCAGGGCCAACACGUAGGCAGGCGGCAUCCCUUUUCUCUGGGGAGCGGCUGAGGCCCUCCCCUUACACACUUCCCAUCUCUCCGCGCGCGCCCCCGCCUUCCCGGUGAGCCUGUUUGGCGGGAAGUUGGCUUAGUUGGCUUACCUGUGGCUCAGCGGGCUCCCUGGUCCCUCCCUUAUUUCUCCCCAGAAGCUUCUCAAUCUUCCCCUGGUGAUCUCGGCAUAGGGCAUAGUACCCCUUCGCACGGAGGACGCGAUGGCUCCCAGGAAACGCCCAGAAACCCAGAAGACCCCUGAGGUGGUUUUACGCCCCAAGAGCAAGAGGAACAGAAGCCCCCGUGAGCUGGAGCCCGAGGCCAAGAAGCUCUGUUUGAAGGGCCCCGGUUCCAGCAGAAGAUCUGACUCAGGCUGCCUUUGGGCGGGGUUGGCUAGCCUGCGGGUCCCGGCACCAUGCAGCAGCAUCAUCAGGGCUCUCCAUCAUUAUAAGCUGGGCAGAACCUCCUGGCCAUCACUACAGCAGGGUCUCCAGCAGUCCUUUUUGCACACUCUGGCUUCUUACCGGAUAUUCCAAAAGGCUGCCCCUUUUGACAGGAGGGCCACAUCCCUGGCAUGGCACCCAACUCACCCCAGGAUCCUGGCUGUGGGCUCCAAAGGGGGAGAUAUCUUGCUCUGGAACUUUGGCAUAAAGGACAAACCCACCUUCAUUAAAGGGAUUGGAGCUGGAGGGAGCAUCACUGGGCUGAAGUUUAACCCUCUCAAUGCCAACCAGUUUUUCACCUCCUCAAUGGAGGGAACAACUAGGCUGCAAGACUUUAAAGGCAACACUCUCCGAGUUUUUGCCAGCUCAGGCACCUGCAACAUCUGGUUUUGCAGCCUGGAUGUGUCGGUCAGAAGCCGAGUGGUGGUCACAGGAGACAAUGUGGGGCAUGUGAUCCUGCUGAACUUGGACGGCAAGGAGCUUUGGAAUCUGAGAAUGCACAAAAAGAAAGUGACCCAUGUGGCCUUGAACCCAUGCUGUGAUUGGUUCCUGGCCACAGCCUCCGUAGAUCAAACAGUGAAAAUCUGGGACCUGCGCCAGGUUAGAGGGAAAUCCAGCUUCCUCUACUCGCUGCCGCACAGGCAUCCUGUCAACGCAGCUCUUUUCAGUCCCGACGGAGCCCGGCUGCUGACCACUGACCAGAAGAGCGAGAUUCGGGUUUACUCUGCCUCCCAGUGGGACUGUCCCCCAAGUCUGAUCUCACACCCUCACCGCCACUUCCAGCACCUGACACCCAUCAAGGCAACCUGGCAUCCUCGGUACAACCUCAUUGUCGUGGGCCGAUACCCAGAUCCUAAUUUCAAAAGUUGUACCCCUCACGAAUUAAGAACAAUCGAUGUGUUUGAUGGAAGCUCAGGAAAGAUGAUGUAUCAGCUGUAUGACCCAGAAUCCUCUGGUAUCAUGUCGCUCAAUGAGUUCAAUCUCAUGGGGGACACGCUGGCCUCUGUGAUGGGUGAGUGUGUCUCAGGCUGGUCAAGCCCACCCUACUCCCCUAGGUUCUGUGCAGGUUAACCUCAGCCCAGCCCCACUGCCUUCACCCCAGGGUUGUAGACAGCAAAGAAGAUAACCAGGAGACAGUGGUCUCUUUGGCCUAGGCCCUUCAUCCCUCUUGCUUUGCCUUGGUCACAGCAAUGCUCGGCUGCUGUCUAGUUUCCUGGUAUCUCCCUACCAAGUCUUAGGUUCCUCGGGCCAGCCCCAAGUUCUCGGAGGGUGAUAAUGGAAGGUGCAAGUCAGAUUGGUUUCACUCCUCCUAGGUUAUCACAUUCUCAUUUGGAGCCAGGAGGAAGCUGGGAUGCGGAAAUGAGAGACAUUUAUGGAGGUGGGGGCCAAGCAAGGGCUUGGAGCCAUAUGAGAACAAGUUCUUCGAGAAGAGGCGGCUUUGUGUUGAAGGGCCAAAGGUAUCCAAGUGUUAGGGCUGAAGCAGGGGCACUGGGACUGGAACACUGGCAUGUACUGCUCUGGACUUAGCUCCAGAAACUUCUCCAGAGUUGGCGACCCAGCUGCUCUGAGGGUCCCUGUUGUAUCUAGCCUGGAGCCAAGCUCCUGGAGCCAAGCUUCUCUUUUUCUUCUCUGACACGCAGUGCCAGAGGGUCAGGUAGUAGUUUUUGAUGUGUGCUCACUAUUCACAUGGCCAAUAAAACCAUACCCAACUGAG